UCUCUCACAAGUGGAUUUUUAUUCACAUUUUCAUCGUUGCGAUUCGAGCGCUCUCUAACCACUGCAUCGUCCAGCUAGAUAAACACAUUCGUCUUAAAUAAUGUCGAUUUUAUUGUAAUGCGAGAUCUCUAAUUCAUGGCAUGUGACCAAAACUUUCUAAUGUGUUUAGUUGGGCAACAUUGACUGUGGUACAACCCAAGUCUCCCCCUUUUUUGAGAAGCUUGAUUGGACUGUGCCAGGUGUCCAUGCCGCAUAAAUGUUUUGCUUGGGGCUUGAGUACAGAGGCGGAGGAGUUGUGCGAGUCAGGGCGAGGCACUGCACCUCCACACACUGUUUGCUUCUUAUGUGUCCAAUAAGUGAGAAAACUAGGUGCACUCGGGUUAACAUUUAACCUGCGCUCGGGCAGCCACUGCAAUUUUCUUGCGUGUGCGCAUCUAGAAUACGUUUAAUUAAAGUUCGGUCUGCGUUGAACUUAAAAUUCGUUUAUGGAUAAACCACUUGUUACUCUGUUAUUCCUGCGAGUGGGUGUCGUUAGUGACUGAUCAGUGCAGUUCACCUGCGGAUUUCGACUAAUUCCCAUUGCGGAUUAAUCAUCGUGUUGUAAAAAUAGCCCAUCCAAAUAAGCAGCCUGCAGAUAAUCGCAGCGCUUCGGCCCGACUUGGCAGCUGAACUUGAAUCCCCUUCCUCGGGUGGAUGCGCUUGUUUUGUCUCUUCGGUGACGGGCAGCUGGUCACGUUCGUCCGGACAGAGCGACAGAUAUAGCGCGCGAGCGAGCGAGAGAGGGAGAAAAGACAAGUGCAGUCCGGCCUCCUCCCCCUCGCCUAUGUUCGACACGGGAUGGCGGCGGCCAGGAGGUUGAACCCUCCGGCGAGCCGCUCUGGCAGAGGGAGACGUGGACCAACCGCAGCAGCAGCAGUCACCUCAACACCAAAGCUGGUGCUGAGCAAUGGGGGUGUUCAGGUGCAUACUAACUCGGAUUCCAGAGAGACGAGCUGGGAUUCUCAACACAGAGAUGGGAUUUGGCUUUCCAGCGACGAGAGUACGGGUAACACGGACGGUGCUGUGCGCGAGCACGGGGAAGAGGAGGUGUACGAGGCGGCUCCCAACGGAGAAGCGUUGCUCAUCUGCGACGGCAAUGAACUCAGCGCCUUGGUUGAGGAGGUCGCUGCUGACGACGCGGCAGGAGAUGUCCCCUGGGAGCAGGUCCUGCAGGUGCUGUGUGCCGAUAGGGUUGGGCAGAUGACCAAGACCUACAGCGACAUCGAUGCUGUCACCCGUCUGCUGGAGGAGAAAGAGCGCGAUGUGGAGUUGGCGGCACGCAUUGGGCAGUCGCUGCUGCAAAAGAUCAAGGUCCUGACGGACAGGAAUGAAACCCUGGAAGAGCAGAUCGGGCACGCCACGGAGGAGGCAGCCCAGCUGAGGCAUGAUCUGGCCAUGAAGGAGGAGCUGCUUCAAAUCUACACGGGAUCGUCCGAUGAGAAUGACAAUGCACCCAAGUCAUCGUCCCCAUUACCGGCGGUGAGCUCCCCAUGUCCCACGUUUUCACUGGGGUCUAGCGGGCUGCACAUGGACACAAUCCACCGCAAACUGCGUGACCUCGAGGAGGAGAACAUCUCACUGCGCUCAGAGGCAUCUCAGCUGCAGAAUGAGACAAUUGACUACGAGGAGAAGGAGGACCAGCUGGUGAACGACUGUGUCCGAGAGCUACGGGAGUCCAAUUCCCAGGUGCUGACCCUGACAGAGGAGCUGGCGAGGAGGAGCGAGGACGCAUCGCGGCAGCAAGAGGAGAUUACGCAUUUGCUGUCCCAGAUUGUGGACCUGCAGAAGAAGGUCAAAACGUACACAGCUGACAACGAGGAACUCACCCAGCACCUCUCUGCUGCCAAGGAUGCCCAACGACAGCUCACGGCUGAGCUUGCCGAGCUGCAGGUCAAGCUGGUGGAGUGCACUGGGAUGCUGCACGAGGCCCAGGAGGACGCCAAGAAUCUGCGCAAUCAGACGGCGCCCUCCACCAAUGCGCAACGCUGGCUGCACUCACACACGCACUUCCCCAUGGACUCGCUAGCGGCUGAGAUUGAGGGCACUAUGAGGAAGACGUUGAAGCUGGAGGAUGGCGUGCCCAAGGCCUACCAGCGGCGAGUGUUUGAGACGGUGCGCACGGCGAAUCAGGCGACGGCGUCGAAGCGCGCGUCCAUCUCCUCCUGUCUCUCGCCGUUGCCCAUCCCGGGCUCGAAUCAGGGCUCGGUGGUGUCGUCGCGCCUGAGCUCGCCCCGCGCCUCCAGGAGGCAGAGCGCCGCCGGGUCGCCACGCUCCGGCCUCCUCAUGACGGACGGGACGAGCGUGUCCCCCGAGUUGCGCUCGCACGGCCUCAUCGAUACCACCGAGUUUGGACCAGUGCACACCGAUGAGAAGCGCCCGGGCCAGCCUGGCACUCCCGGUUCACACGACCUGGAGGCCGCGCUGCGCCGGUUGUCGCUGCGGCGCGAGGCUCACUUAGGUGAGAGGCGCUUCAUGGAGGAGGAGUGGGAGCAGCAGUUGUCAGAGCUUGCGAGCGGCCAGCCCAGUCGGCCGGCCACGCCACCGGGCAGCGAGGGCUGCCUGUCGGAUGGCGAGCGAACGCCCGGUGGAUCGUCCUCCGAGGACUCGCACUCCUCAAUGUCACUCGCCUUCCGCUCAUACCUGCCUGAGAAGUUGCAGAUCGUCAAGCCCCUCGAAGGAUCAGCAACGCUGCAGCAUUGGCAGCAGCUGGCGCGGCCACACCUGGGCGGGAUACUGGACACUCGCCCGGGCGUCAUCGUCAAAGACUCCCAGCUACUGGAGCUAGUCCACCCCAGCAGUUCGGCUGUGUUCCGCAUCACCGACUAUGAGGAGGACGAACCAGAUGGAAAGCCAGGUCUCGGAGAUGCACAGAGGGCAGAAGCUGCUAGUGGUCACCCUGACUCCAUGCACAACUGUGCUGCAGAGACAGAGGAUGGUAGCUCAGUUCACUACCCGGGCAAGUGUUUGGUACAGACCAACUUCACGUGCACUUACACCACGUGCCGCAUCAUGCACCCGUCUGACGAGCCAGCCUCCGGCACACUGCCCAGCUUCUGCGGCAUAUCCACCACGUGCUCUUCGGACACCGCCAUCUCCUCCUCGUGUCCCACUCGCCAGCCCAGCUUCAUUGAGUCCUUCACCAAUGCUCGAGAGUCAACGAAAACCUGCAGCGUGGCGUUGGGACUGGCGCAUCUCCUGUGCGAGAGGGGCAUCUCGGCCCACCCGCCCAUGACCCAGUCUUUCCCGGCCGUCGGCAGGCCGUGCAGCCUGGCCGUGCCGUCCACUCCCGUUAACGCGAAAUUCAGCCGCUCGCCAAUUUACCCGCUCUCCCCCAUUCCCUUCCCAGCCCUGGGGAAGCAAAUCGAGAUCUUCCUGGCUUCCAAGCCGGCCACCUCCAUGCUCAAGGAGAUGAUGGGCCACCGAAGGCGGACGAGUGAGAACAGGCGGAGAAAGAAGCCAGAGCUCAGCCCCCCUAGUUCCACUCUGAUGGAGCGGCUCAGGAGGAUGGGAUUCAGCCCCGUGUUGAGCAGCAGCAGUGGCUCUUCCACCUCGCCGUUCUACCAGGUGCUGCCCAGCGCUAGCGGGGAGUGCAGCGGAAAUGGGCAGCACUCAGCGGGUUUGGGCGACAGCGCCUGUGAAGCGAGGCCCAGUUUCGUGCUUGGGACGGACGAUGAGGAGGAGGAGGAGCCGGCAUUCCCCGGGCUCGAUGCGCGGGGGCACGACAACACCCGCGGUUUAGCGUGCGUGCUGGAACCGCCGGUGGGUGGACCCGGUUCCCCGCAGAGUGCCACCGGGGACUCGCCAUCCAUGGCUAUGCUAGCAGGACACCUCGAUGAAGUUGGCGAGCCCCCGACACUGGUGGUCACGGCUCCCGGCCACAGUGUGGAAAUGGGGAGACGAAAAUUUCGGCAGAGCGCGGUGGGAGAGACACUUGAACAGCGCGAUCCUUGUGACGUGCCAAGCACUGGAAAACUGUAAACCGGAUGCACGCGGGUCAUUUUUAAUUAUGAGACAACACGUACGCAUUUACAUUUCAAGAUGUACUAAUGUAUGUGUUUUUUGUGUGUGCGUGCCCUACUGUAUAAUACUGUAAUGCGACAUGGCGUCGGGGGAAGCUGGGUUUUUUUGUUUCGAGUAAGCUGUGCGUGUUGUGCAUCACUGUAUUUUACAUAUCUUUUUGAAAUUGCACUUCACGUCCGUUGUAAACCACUCUUUGGUGUGUUCCUGAGUUGCACGCACGCCCUUGAAAGAGUAACCUCAUCUGAAGUUGUAUACCACGAUGACUCAUCACGAAUGCGUACGUGUCCGGCCUUGGCUGCUUGUGACCUUUUGACGAUGCCAAAUGCGUUUCACUACUGACAUCAGGGUUGGUUGUCUUUAAACACAGCUGUGUUAACGUCUAUAUAUAUAAAAAAAAACUGUAAGGUGGCACGUGCUGUGGUAAUUGUCAAAACAGUAAUAAGUAUUAUUUGCACUUGCUAUACUUUGUUUUUAAGUACUUGAAUGUAAUGUACUUGUAGCUAUGCAGGGGUAUUAGUGCAACUUGUAUAUAAGGAGCGAAUGAGAGGGUUGUAAGAUGCAGGUGAAUGCGUUAGGGGUUGUCCGAGUCUCUGGCCUCAUAUCAGUGGGCUUGCAGGACCACCGCUAUAGAAUAUUGGCCGUGGACCUUUUGAUCACUUCUCAUAACGUGGCCUGCUGGCCUUUGUAUGAAUUAGAAUAAUAAAUAUAAUUUGAAGCAGAGCAGAGAAAAUGCACUAAACUGCUUCUCCUUUUCACUUGCAGUCACGUUGGAGAUUUGGCAAUGACGUUUACAAGAAUACAACCACAGACUUAGCAGGUAGAAAUCUGUGGCAAUGGUGACACCAUUUACCCAACAAUUUUGUUCAUAUUUGUAAUAAUUCAUGUUUUGAGAUAGGUGGCUUCUUAAGGAAAUAAUUCAGAUGAAAUCCUCCAUAAUACACCGAUUAACUCCUUGCAGUCACCUUCACUGGGUGAAAGACAUUUUAAUGUAAAAUUUGCUCCGAAAUACUGGUCCAUAUUUUCAUCACUAGGCCUUGUAUUCUGUAGAUUUCUGCUUUUUAAUAUAUUUUUUAUUUUAACAGGAAAGACCCACUGAGCUAUUUAUCUCUUUUUCAGAAGCAACCUGGCCACAAAUGAUAGCUUAACAAAGUGGCUUAUCAUGUGGAAAUGUAUAGCAGCCAAAUGUGGAGGUAAAAACCGGAGGACCCGGAGAAACGUCCACGCGCCCAUGGGGAGAGCAUGCAAACUCCAAAUAUACUGGCAUCGGGAUAGAACCCACGACCCCCUGUAUACUAGGCGAUCAGAUAACAUCUCACCACCGCUGCUACGUACAAGGCCCAUAAUUUGUGAGCUCCUCAACAUUGUGAUGCUCGAGACAUUUAUUGGCAGUCUGUAGUUAGGAAUGGCUCACCGGUGAGCCCUUUACGUCAGUCCAAGUAUCCUCCUGCUCCAGAUAACAAUGAAGCAGUGGAUAUCUCUGCUGGCAGCCCCAGAACCAGUGGUAUUCUAUCUUUGCAGAGUGGGGGGGGGGGGGGGCGUUCUCAUGAUAGGUUGAACACUUUUGACUUCCCACAAAGUGGUAAAAAAUGUAUUGAUGCUCAAGGAAUUAUUUUAUUGGUGCUGGAGCCAGAGCCAAAUCCGAACUACGAUUUUAACUCGCAACCUUCUGAGUCCAGCUAUCUAAGCAUAGCAUCGGACAUCUCUGCGAGAACUUGUAUAGCAAUCUGGGAUCUCCUUUGCAAUCGGAAACAAGGCAUGGCUUAACAAUAAGGCUCUUAGGGUGAUGCAUAUUCGAAUGCCCUUGCUGUGGAUUCCCUCAUGUCUCGAUUGAAGGCCUGUUAGCGGAGUAAAUUUCCCUUCAGGAAGAAAUACAUCAUUUAGAUAAUCGACACAGCAUGAACAUAACUCGUUGCCAUUUGGUAUAUGAACACUUGCAUCAGUUUAAUACCUUCAUUUAUCUCAAUGCUGUCACCGGUUUCUACGGAGUCUACUGCGGACUCGUGAGGUUUUAUUCUGAGAUGUUUGAAUUGGGCACAAACAAGUGCCGUAUUUAUUUUAUAAGAUCAAUUAUUUUUUUCCACGUAAUAAAAGGUAUCAACCUUG